AAGAAUGGAUCUCCCAUGACUACUCUCGGUUCACACUCGCAUGCACCUUGGCGCUACAGUGAAUUCAACAUUGUAGCCCGUUUAUGAAGCUUCUCUCUCCCCCCCUUGGUGUUUCCAAUCCCUUCCCUUUGACAGACAUCCUGUCUUCACUUGGCUCUUAUCCUGGACACUGACCAUGUGCCGGUCCAGUGCACCCCAGUCUCUCGAAAUGGAUCACCAUGAUAUUGUGGAUAUCGACUCCAACAUAGAGCUGGUGAAUGCCAUGCUCGACGCUGACCCACAGUCCUGGAGAGAUCAUUUACGCAUCAUCAGAACAAUAAUCGCUACCACGGACAUGUCAAGCAUCACGCCGAACCAAGGACGAAAGGCCAGCCAAAUACAGAUGAUACGGGUUUGCCAGCGCGUGGCCUACGCCGACGCAGACAAUGGUGGAAUGCUAGAUAUUGGAAAUUGGUGUCUGAGGCAGGCACUGAGCUUACUCUCCCUUUACCCCAACGAGGUGGGAGUCUUGGAACUGAUAGGGCGGAACUGGCUCCUCCGAGCCCAGAAAAGCCUUGCGAAGAUACAACUCACGGAUCCGGAAUCCAGCAGCAGUGGUGCGAGUCUAUGUUAUUCUACAUCUCCAGGCGAUCGUAAUAGACAAGUCGCCGAAGCCGAGGAGCGUUUAUACACGGCUGAUUACGUCGAGGCUAGAGGCAUCUUGCUCCCAGCGACUGAAUAUCUCCAGAGAGCUGUUGACAAUGCGCGCGCACAAGAUGUUCUGACCGGCUCUCUUCUAGGCGACGUAAGUUUGUGCCUGUUUUGUUUGAGACAGCAUUGAUAUCAACAAUUUUUACAGGCCGCAGAAGCAUUCAUGAGUCUUGGGAACGUUUCUUCGCCUCGAUCGAACGAAACGUAUUUCAGACAAGCACUCGAGUACCUCCGAGCAGCGAAGAAUAUAGAGGAUUUCCGGCUCCCGAGCCCCCUCGAACAGUAAGUCGAGAUGCAUCUCCUUUUGCAUCUUGAG